AUGACGACAGGUAGACAUGGAGGUUAUCACGAUCACAAAUUCAGGUAUAGUGAGUCUGAUUUUGGUAUUUCAAGGAGUGGUUUUACUACUAAUAAUUUUAAUGAAGAGUAUGAUGCGGUUAGAAAUGGUAAGGGUCGGAGGAGGAAUUUGAGAGAUAGAAUUAUUACAAGGGAGAGAGAAAUUUCAAAUGGUAGUUACAGGUCAUCUUCGAGUAGGAGUGACUCUAGCAGUGGUGGCGGCCUUAGUGGCAGGCUUGGUCCUAGAAGAUGUGAUUUUUCUGUCAAUACUAUGGAUAGAGAGCCAGGCGAACUUUCUAGUGAGAGUGGAUCUGAUGUUGAAGCAGAGCCACUGGUAAAACGCCAUAAGGUUGUGAUGGGUAAAGAGUUUGAUUAUGAUGUUGAAUCAGAAUCACUCUUAAAACACCAUGAGGUUGGAUUGGGGAAAGAAAAUGGGACUCAAUCUCCAUUACAAAGGAAAAGGAAAUUUUCACCAAUAGUAUGGGAUCAAGAUGACCACAAAGUGACUAAUUUAUCCAAGCUUAAGGUUGUUACGACAGUGACUGCUGUUUCUCCACCACCUCCAUUCCCAAGAGCAGUCAAUGAGUCGCCUCAUGUUCCUUACAAUGGAGUUGAAGUUCCUCCUCCUGAGAAUCCUGUGUUACCGACUGCAAUGGAUCCUUAUAUGGUGUCUGAGUCAGUUCAAAAUGCUGAAUCUGAGUCUCCUAUAGGUUUGAAUUCACUGUUGUCAGAGCAGAAGUUGGUUAACGGGAACAUUGAGCAACCAGAAGUUGAAGAUUACAUUUCAACUCGCAAUAUAUCAUCUUCAAGAUGGGCAUCUGGAGAUGGCUCUUCGGGUGAUGAAGGUGAAAUCAUUGAUGAGAAGGAAAUCCUUAAGAAGAGAAGGCUAUCUCUUGAGGUGGGUAUGAGAGUACGAAACAAGAUGUUGAGACCAGAGGAAUCUAAAAUUGAAGGUUUUGAAAGGUCUAGAGCCAAAUCAUCCGAAUCUGAAGAAAGAGGUAGCACUGGGAGAUAUUCCGGUGAAGAUGAUUAUCUUGGUAUUGAGGCAGGGAAGGACAGCUACAUGGAGAUUGAUGGCAGAGUUUGCAAAAGUAACGCAAGUGGUAGUCACAAAAAUACUGAUUCUGAACGUGAAGACGAUUGCAGGGAAAGUAUGGAACCUCCGUCUCCACCCCAGAGAGUUGUCAACAUGCUUCAGGGGUGUAGAAGUGUUGAUGAGUUUGAGAGACUGAACAAGAUUGAUGAAGGGACAUAUGGUGUUGUAUAUAGGGCCAAAGACAAGAAGACCGGUGAAAUAGUGGCACUGAAAAAGGUUAAGAUGGAGAAGGAAAAAGAAGGCUUUCCACUGACUUCUCUGAGGGAAAUCAACAUACUUCUUUCCUUUCACCAUCCAUUCAUAGUUGACGUUAAGGAAGUAGUGGUAGGUAGCAGCCUUGAUAGUAUUUUUAUGGUUAUGGAAUACAUGGAACAUGAUCUUAAAGGACUAAUGGAGGCAAUGAAGCAGCCAUUUAGCCAGAGUGAAGUAAAAUGCUUAAUGCUCCAGCUGUUAGAAGGUGUGAAGUAUCUUCAUGACAACUGGGUGCUUCACAGGGAUUUGAAGACCUCAAACCUGCUUUUGAAUAAUAGGGGCGAGUUAAAAAUUUGUGAUUUUGGAUUAGCUCGUCAGUAUGGGAGUCCAUUGAAACCUUAUACAUCAUUGGUGGUUACUCUUUGGUACAGGGCUCCUGAACUUCUUUUGGGGACAAAGCAGUAUUCAACAGCCAUUGACAUGUGGUCCCUGGGUUGUAUAAUGGCUGAGCUUUUGUCCAAGGAACCAUUGUUUAAUGGGAGAACCGAAUUUGAUCAACUUAACAAGAUUUUCAGAAUUCUUGGCACCCCAAAUGAAACAAUUUGGCCCGGGUUCUCAAAAUUACCUCUAGUCAAGGCCAAUUAUGUCAAGCAUCAGUAUAAUCUCCUGCGCAAAAAGUUUCCCGCAACAUCAUUCACUGGAUCCCCAGUUCUUUCUGAUUCUGGAUUUGAUUUGUUGAACAAGCUUCUCACUUAUGACCCUGAAAAGAGGAUCACUGCUGAAGAUGCUCUCAACCAUGAAUGGUUUCAUGAAGUUCCCCUUCCCAAGUCUAAAGAAUUCAUGCCUACAUUUCCUGCUCGACAUGAUAAAGAAAGGAAAAUGCGAAGAAUAAUGAAGAGUCCACAUCCGUUAGAGAAGCACCAGAAGGAUUUGCAGCUGGGCGAAUCAGGAACUGGUAGUAUUUUUGGUUAA